CUGCAGCAGGAGCUCACACUUGCAUCGGUUGCAGCGGAGCAGCAUUCAGCCCCCGUGCAGCAGCAGCAGCAGCAGCAGCAGCAGCCCCCGACCAUCCCGCAGCAAUGAUUGCACGCGUCCUGUGCCUCGCCUUGGCCAUCACGCUCUGCCCAGCAGCCAACCCAUGCUGCUCCAACCCCUGUCAAAAUCGAGGUGUGUGUAUGACCACGGGAUUCGACCAGUACAGGUGUGAUUGUACGAGGACUGGCUUCUAUGGAGAAAACUGCACCACACCUGAAUUUCUGACAAGGCUAAAGUUAUUAUUGAAGCCCACCCCCAACACGGUUCACUACAUCCUCACUCACUUCAAAGGAGUUUGGAAUAUCAUCAACAACAUACCCUUCCUUCGCAAUGCAAUUAUGAGCUACGUGUUGACGUCAAGGUCCCAUUUGAUCGACAGCCCACCAACAUACAAUGCAGAUUAUGGCUACAAAAGCUGGGAAGCAUAUUCAAACAUCUCUUAUUACACCAGAGCGCUUCCUCCAGUGGGAGAUGACUGCCCAACCCCAAUGGGUGUAAAAGGUAAAAAGGAGCUUCCUGAUUCCAAAGAGGUUGUGGAAAAGUUUCUGCUGAGAAGAAAAUUUAUCCCGGAUCCUCAAGGCACAAAUAUGAUGUUCGCAUUCUUUGCCCAGCACUUCACUCACCAGUUCUUUAAGACUGACCAUCAUCGAGGACCAGCCUUCACCAAAGCGCUAAACCAUGGGGUUGAUUUAAAUCAUAUUUAUGGAGAGACUUUGGACAGACAACAUAAACUGAGACUUUUUAAGGAUGGAAAAAUGAAAUAUCAGAUGAUUGAUGGAGAAAUGUACCCUCCCACUGUGAAAGAUACUCAGGCAGAAAUGAUUUACCCACCUCACAUCCCUGAGCACCUGCGGUUCGCGGUCGGGCAGGAGGUGUUCGGCCUGGUUCCCGGGCUGAUGAUGUACGCCACGAUAUGGCUCCGGGAACACAACCGCGUGUGUGACGUCCUUACGCAGGAGCACCCGGAGUGGGACGACGAGCGGUUGUUCCAGACGGCCCGGCUCAUACUGAUAGGUGAAACCAUUAAGAUCGUGAUCGAAGACUAUGUUCAGCACUUGAGUGGCUAUCACUUCAAACUGAAGUUUGAUCCAGAGCUGCUUUUCAACCAGCGUUUCCAGUAUCAGAAUCGCAUCGCUGCCGAGUUUAAUACCCUCUACCACUGGCACCCACUUCUGCCUGACACCUUCAAUAUUCUUGACCAGGUGUACACCUACCAGCAGUUCCUUUACAACAACUCUAUCAUGCUGGACCAUGGCCUUUCCCAUAUGGUGGAAUCAUUCUCUCGGCAAAUUGCCGGCAGGGUGGCCGGGGGUAGGAAUGUCCCAGCUGCAGUAAUGAAAGUAUCUAUGGCCUCCAUCGACCAAAGCAGACAGAUGAGAUACCAAUCUCUGAACGAAUACCGGAAACGCUUCCUGCUGAAACCUUUCAAGUCGUUUGAAGACCUUACAGGGGAGAAAGAAAUGGCUGCUGAGUUGGAAGCCCUCUAUGGCGAUAUUGAUGCGAUGGAGCUCUAUCCUGCUCUUCUGGUGGAAAAACCCCGCCCGGGUGCCAUCUUUGGUGAGACCAUGGUGGAACUCGGAGCGCCCUUCUCCCUAAAAGGGCUCAUGGGAAAUCCCAUCUGUUCUCCCGAAUACUGGAAGCCUAGUACUUUUGGAGGAGAAGUGGGCUUUGAAAUCAUCAACACAGCCUCGCUCCAGACACUCAUCUGCAAUAAUGUGAAGGGCUGCCCCUUCACCUCAUUCAGUGUUCACGACUCUAAUCCCGCGGAAACGGCAACUAGUAAUGCCAGCUCUUCGAACUCUGGACUAGACGAUAUCAAUCCUACUGUACUACUGAAAGAACGGUCAUCAGAACUGUAGAAAGCCUUUGAAUGUAUUUAUUUAUUUAUUUAAGGUAUUUUGUUUAAAUUAUGAUAUUUAUAAGUAUUUAUACAGAAAAGCCCAGCACCAUUUAAGAUCUUCUGCAGCAGAAGCUAGUACUCCAUUAUGGAGAAGUAUUUCAGAGCUAAGUGAUACUAUUAUUUGUCAUUAUUUCUUUGGAAAAGUGAUUCCAUUCUCAAAUUAAAAGAUAGGACUCUUCCUUUCAAUAAGUCAGAUCUGGAAGAGAUAGUUGAACAUGGUUUUUGAGGGGUUUUGGUUUUUUUUGAACGAGGGUAUGAAAUUUUAUUUGGUGUCAUAAAUCAUAUCUACUUUGGGAAUGUCAAUUUAACAGAAGUACCAAAUUUUGUAAAGUCAUCACACUGACAUUUUUCUUUCACUGUAAUAUCAAUAGUAACAAAUGCAUUGGAUUUCUGUAGUACCUUUACCUUUGAGAAAUUCAAGGUACUUGAUGUAUUUAUUUCUCGAAUCUGAAAAAUUGCAGCACUUCGUUAAAAGGCUUCUGCAGGGACGCGCACUAGCAGUCGUUAAAAUAGUUUUAUCAAAAGCAAUAAGGGCGUAACAAAAUGAAAACAGGCCGCAUUAGAACAGCAGCCUUGAAUGUUUAAUCCAUUGGGAAGGCUGUUUCAGAAAAGACUGUUUGUUAACGUCGCGUGCCAAAGUGCCUGUUGGAUUGUAAGACAUGGGGUUGUCCCAGAGUCUCACAUAAUUAUUUUUACUCUUUUUCAAGCCCACAUCAAGUGCUCAGUUGAUACUCUGAUAGAUGAUCUUAACUAAUAUGAGAGUGUUUUAGUUUCUUUAGCAUAUGAUGGUGUUUGUAUAUUCUCUGUAGCAUCUGAGGAUGCUAGGCCAAUGUUAUUGGUAAUUUAUGGGCAGAUUCUUGGAAACGCAAGGAUGCCUUAGUCAAUGUGGCAUGACAUUGUAUUUUGAGGAGCAUUUUCCCCACUCCUCCAAAAUAUUUGAGGGUUGCCUCUCUGUGUCAAGGCACUUCCUCAGCUCGCUCCCUCUUCCUUAGCUCCUCUCCUCCUCCUCCAUCCCAGCUCAAACUCUUCAUUCUCACCCCAGGCCACCUUCUCCCCUUAUCUCACUUACGGCUCUCCUGCUUUACCCACUUUCCUCCUGCCUGAAACUCCCUCCCCGCCUUCAAAUCUACCUGACUUUAGUACUCUCCAUUUUCUAAAACCUUCUGAUAUCCUACCUCCAAAUGACAUCCCUCCAGUCAUCUCACUACCCACCACCUCAGCACUUUUGCACUCACUACUUCCCAUUGCAUUCUUGUACGUGAUAUUUCACCUACUGUUCUAUUUAUGCAUGUCUUCAUCCUCUCUGUAAUUUAUUGUGUUUGUCUUCCCCUCAAUAGAUUUUUAGGCUCCUUGGGUUCACGGACUGUAUCCCUUCCAUCUGUUACACUCUCUCAAGUACUGCACACGUAGUCGUUAAAAAAUAUUGAUUUUAAUUAGUAGACUCAGGGUUUUACGAGGGUUUUAUAAAAUAGUCAACUUUUAAGAAACGUUGGGAAAUUCUAUACCGAAUGAUGAUCAAACUGGUAACUGCAGAGUUCCUUAUUUAUGUGAUGUUUUGCUUUUUGUAUCAGCUGGCUAGCUGAAGUGGGGAGUGGGAAGUGGUGUUCAGUAUAUUUAAAGUGUUUCUAAGUACUACAAGCAUAAAUGUAUUUAAUUUAAUUUAUUUGAAAACUAGGUCAUGCUUGAAAUAUUGGUUUAUUUUUAUAUUAUUUAAAAAGUACUGUGUUGCAAAUGUAUUUUUUAAAUUAAAGUUUGAUUCUAA